AUGCACCGUUUCUCAACCGACCGUAAUUUGGCGGUGGGGAGGAAUCGAGACAAGGGUAAUUCGGACAACAUGAAACUUAAUUCCAAGAACGCCAUGGAACAUCCCCACUUCCUUUUCCACGACUUUAAUUCCGAAAUUUUCCAUAGAAAUUUAUUUGUGGAAUUUCUUUGCUCUGCUAUCCAUAUCUUUAUUCCGGUCGCUUGCUCAUUAGCAGACGAAACACCGAGGUUUGCUCUCGAAAAUACCGCAAUGGCAGCUCUGGCGUCUUUUACUCGUAAUAAUCGUAAUUACGGUCAGCAACCGAUCGAUAGCGUAGUUAACCCUCAAAGGGAGCGCAACGGAUUGGAUGCCAAGGCUAGCCACGAUUCGCCAGCGGCUCCAGGUCUCGUACGCCAGCUAGGUUUGAGUGGUAUUGCAAACGGCGCCACAGCCACAAGUUUUUGUUCAAACGCAUCUUCAGUUUCCGGAGGGGGCACUGCUGGUUUGACAGUCGUUCUACCGCAGUCAUCGCGUUUUUCAACCUCAUCACUACUGCACUCAUUGCAAAGUCCUGCGUCAUCAACAUUCACUUCGUCAGGUCACCGGCAAACUGCAACGAAUCGUUACGCUACCUCGUCUCAUCUACCGCACUUCGAUCGUCCCCCAUACUCAUACGUUGCUCCACACGGCCAAUUUCUUCGUUCGUCAAAGACGAUGAUCGAUGUUCUGGCCCCCAUAAGGCCGAAUGCCGCUGAUGGUGCGGCUGCAAAUCUACCUUCAACAGCUAGCAGUAGUGCAAUCGGCUCAUCAGUGUCCACGUCGUCUGCGGGCGCGGCGUCUAUAGGCGCUAAGCAUCUGUCCGCCAGCGUCUCCGCACUCAGCACCUUGCCUGAUCAACGACAUAAAAUGACGAAAAGCCCCAGUGAUGAAUCGCUCAGAUCACAUACUUCUUCGUCUGGCGGCAGUAAUGGAGGGCAUAAUUCAAAUAGCACAGGAAACAACUCGUCUGGAGGUGGAAAUAAGGGUUUCCGACCAGAGGAUGCGAUUCAAACGUUCGGAGCAAAAUUGUUACCGUACGAACAAAGUGAAAUUUUCAACUAUGUUCGUGUCUUCUUUGUUGGAUCACAAGCAAAAAAGCGUGGAGGCGUUAUUGGAGGUCCAAAUAACUGCGGGUACGAUGAUGAGAAUGGUAGCUAUCAGUUGGUUGCACAUGAUCAUAUAGCGUAUCGAUACGAAAUCCUCAAAGUUAUCGGGAAAGGUUCAUUCGGACAGGUGAUAAAAGCUUAUGAUCACAAAUACCAGCAAUACGUCGCAUUGAAACUGGUACGAAAUGAGAAACGCUUCCAUCGACAAGCCGAUGAGGAGAUUAGGAUUUUGGAUCAUUUGCGCCGACAGGAUACUGACGGAUCACAUAACAUUAUCCAUAUGCUGGAUUAUUUCAAUUUCCGAAACCACAAAUGUAUUACCUUUGAGCUGCUCAACAUAAACUUGUAUGAACUCAUAAAAAAGAACAAGUUUCAAGGAUUCAGCCUCAUGUUGGUACGCAAGUUUGCGUAUUCAAUGCUAUUGUGUUUGGAUUUGCUGCAACGGAAUCGGCUGAUCCAUUGUGAUCUGAAGCCAGAGAAUGUGCUUCUGAAACAGCAAGGUCGAAGCGGUAUCAAGGUUAUUGACUUCGGCUCGUCAUGUUUUGAUGAUCAACGUAUUUACACUUACAUUCAAUCGCGGUUUUACAGGGCUCCAGAGGUGAUCCUUGGCUCUAAAUAUGGCAUGCCGAUCGAUAUGUGGUCGCUCGGUUGUAUUCUAGCCGAGCUCCUUACAGGCUAUCCGCUCCUCCCUGGUGAGGACGAAAAUGAUCAGCUUGCCCUAAUUAUCGAGUUAUUAGGAAUGCCACCAAAUAAGGUUUUGGAAAAUGCUAAAAGAGCUCGUACAUUCAUAUCAUCUAAGGGAUAUCCUCGUUACUGCACUGCAUCUGUCAUGCCGGACGGCUCUGUCGUACUAAGUGGAGCUCGUAGUAAAAGAGGCAAAAUGAGGGGUCCGCCAGGCAGUCGAAGUUGGAAUACCGCUCUAAAGAAUAUGGGCGAUGAACUCUUUAUCGACUUCAUGAAACGAUGCCUUGACUGGGAUCCGGAGACUCGAAUGACUCCCGCUCAAGCGUUGAAGCAUCAGUGGUUACGCCGACGUCUUCCCUGUCCUCCUCGUCGUGAUGACGCCUCUGCUGACGCUGAAGGCAUGACUCCAUCUUUGAUGACGGGUUCAACUAGUGCUCUACGCGCAGUUAGUUCUACCAAUACUUCAUCGUUUACACCUCAAAAGUUGGCGCAUAUUCUGACGUAA